CACGACGGACUAAGCGAAAGAAGAACUACUCGUAGUCUACUCUGGGGAAGAGAAUUGCGGAUAUCAUUUCUAUUUUUCGGAAUUUAUUAACUUAUUAAUUUACUCAUACGUGAUGUUAUGUAUAUUCCACCAGGUUGCUUUGGCAAAGAAGGCGAUUUGAAACGGUAGUCCUAUCAGGCAAGAUUAAUCUGAGCAGUAAUCGCUUUGGACAGUCAAGCCCUCAUAAAAUAUUCUAAUAAUGUUGCACUUACAAAUACUAAUGCAACAAGAUUGAAUUUGUAAUGUAAAUUACGAGAUGUUGAGUUGAAUUUAAGUGUAUUUCAGAAGGCCAUUACCUUACGAUUGAUUAAUGGGGUCGAGGUUUGUAACAGACUCGAGGUUUGUAGAAUACUCUUGCUAUCUUUUUUCUUUGCUUAUCGACGGACUGAGUACGUAAUAUACUCUGAUAGGAUUAGCUGCGCGUAGAUGUCUUCCUUCGCUUGUUAGGCGCACUUGUUCAUUGUAGAGAUACCCGACAAAUAUUUUGCUCUUCUCUGCAUUCAACAAAUUUCCUCCCUGUAUGAUAAUAUCUCUUUAUAAGACCCGGUGAUGCAUUUUAUGAUAUUGUGCCAGUAAAAAUCAUUUCCAUAUAUAUUGCGCUGGGAAAAAAAACUGGUGUUGAAAUUUUUCAGCCAGCAGCAAUUAAGGGCAUACGUGGAGCAUUUUCAUAACAAGAUUUCAUUGUUCUCUUUGUCUUCAAGUCCAUUAAAAACGAGUCCUUCUUUCCUUAUCGUCAUGCUCUCUUUCCUUUGUUUCUCAAGUCCAGGGGGCGGAGAAAGCUUUUCCGAGACUACAUUGUGAUGUACGCUUUCGCUUUUUUGGAACAACAGAGGGAAAUUUGGAAUACAAAGGUUUUACUAACUAUAAUUAUGGGCGCCCUGUCUCGCUGUCACUGUGAAUGGCGUAAUAAUCUUGUAAAGAUGAAAAUCGUAAACAAGCAAAGGUUAAAUUUACCAUUGAAGUGAACCGCUUCUCCUGACAACCAAUUUAGAUUUAUAUAACGUAGUAACCAACUCUAAGGUACGCAGCAACCUUGCCAAAUGUCUCGAAUGUCUGCCGCCACAAACUGACCGCAUCCGACUUACUCUGCGUUGCUGUAUUGUUGAAAGCCACUGAUGUAGAACUUAAUAUUUACCGUUUCAUUGACUUUAUUCGAGUGUUUACAUUUCCAAUCGUGUUGAAUGAUUUUGAUGCUAAAAGAUCAUAUUGAUGACUCGACCUGGCAAACUAGCUGAAAAGUUACCGAACUCUGGCGCGCAGUUAAAAUCCAACUUGCACUUCAUGAGGAAUAUGACUACUCUAAUAACAAUUCAUUCUACUCGGGUUAGAAUUCAGAAAUAAGAUGGGAAUUUUCAGCGCUGAACAGUGAACUUUACUCGAUAUAUCUUGGAGUGUCAGGAACAUUUUGUUUCCGAGACUUUCAGGGCUUGAUACUUUCGUUUGCGCGAAGUCGUUAUUAACGAGGCUCCCUUUUCAUCCUUGUAUUAGAACAUUUUACGCAAGACUAUAUCGAAAGGCGUCUCGGAGGCCCGUUAAGUGUUUGCAAAUGGCCUACACUUUUCAUUAGCGUCACAAGCGUUGUCACUUUAUAAAACAUUACUUAUCACGUGUUUUCGGUUCCCUCCCAGUAUGACAGUUCCCUUGAUAACAAUCAAGGUUUAGUUUUGUGGUGAAAAUUGCACAUACAAAACCAAGUUCUUUCACCCCAAAUUUGAAUAAGAACUUCUUUUUAUCAGUUUCUUUGAUUUCCGUCGAGCAAAACGUUGUUUGUGCUCAGCUUCAAAAAAAAUCCAAGACUUGCAAUUAUUUAAUUUGGAAUGAUAUUGUGUUUGAUGUGCAGAGAAAGUCCUUAUCACUGCCUGUACCUCAACUCUUUUGUUCGCCUGUCAACGCUUUGCUAUCGCGGUGUGUUAAUGGCAUAAGAGGCGUGAUAUAUAGUACGUGUGAGAAAAGAUAUGCAGAUCUCGAAACAUCUAGCCAAUAAUCCGUGAGCAAAUAUUUGCUAAGCCUAAGUCUUGUAAUAUUUGCAUUCUGUUUUGAGGGCAAACAUCGUACAGGACACCGACCAAAGCCAACGAAAAGCGGCUUACAUUAGAUCAAAGGGUGCCUCAAUACAACGCCAAACACAAGAAAGAUCUUUUGUGCAAAAUUUCACAACAAAGCGAGAUGAACAGGAGAGAAUGGACCUGAUGAAGCGCUAAUUUUCAAGGAACUGCGUUUCUUUUGCUAAUGGCUUUGGCUUAAAAGUUCCAUUCACUGAUGUGCGAAUUACAUGCCACAAUUCACUAAUGAGAGAGCCUCGCUCGCUGAUUGGUCGCUGUAUGAAUCUGUCAAUAUUGCUAAUCUAAUGACAAGGGUGACAUGCAAUCGACUAAACACUGACAAAACACCUCGCUAAAACCAGAAUGAAAUCACUCUCAAAAUAGCCAGCACAAUGGCUGUAACACACAACAUCGUGUUUACAGUCUUGCUGUUUUUGAGUUCGUUCUACUACGCUUCUAGCAAAGAAAAGAAAUGCGAAAAGAUCAAGAUACCCAUGUGCCAAAGUAUUGGCUACAACCUAACUUAUAUGCCAAACAUGUUCAACCACGACACACAAGAAGAAGCGGCGCUUGAAGUUCAUCAAUUCUGGCCGCUAGUCGAGAUCAAGUGUUCGCCAGACCUAAAGUUCUUUCUCUGCUCCAUGUAUGCUCCCAUGUGCCAGCCGAACUUUAAAGACGAAGUGCCCGCAUGCCGGUCGAUUUGUGAACGGGCAAGAAAAGGCUGCGCGCCUCUUAUGCGUAAGUACGGCUUUUCGUGGCCCGAGCGAAUGAAAUGCGAAAACUUCCCUGAAUUUGGGAGCGACAAGCUAUGUAUGGGCCGUAACGCAACUGAAUCUAAUCAUACGACAACAACAGCUCGACCAACCGAAUUUAUUGUUACAACGAAAAUAAGCCUUGAGGGGAAUCGGCCCGUUAACUGCUGCUCAUGCAGACCGCCGUUUGUGACGAUCACCGAUGAAAACGUUAAACCGAGUUUGCGGGACAUUUCUACGGGGGGUGUCCCGUCCUGUGUUAUGGCUUGCAAUAGAACGUAUUUCUCUCAAGAUCAAGAAAACUUUGCAUCGUUUUGGAUCGGAUUGUGGGCUGUACUGUGUUUUAUCUCUACCCUUGUAACCUCGCUGACGUUUCUAAUCGACAUGCAACGGUUCAGAUAUCCCGAACGACCGAUCAUCUUUCUUUCGGUCUGCUACUGUUUCGUGGCCAUAGGUUACAUCAUUCGGUUCAUUGCCGGAUAUAAGACCGUGGCUUGCGAUUCGCAAGGCUUGAUGAGGUAUGAAACAUCAGGGCCAGCCGCCUGCACCAUUGUUUUUCUUCUGAUUUACUUCUUUGGCAUGGCAUCUUCACUGUGGUGGGUCAUCUUGUCCUUCACCUGGUUUCUGUCUGCUGGGAUGAAGUGGUCAACAGAAGCCAUUACCAACUAUUCACAAUACUUUCAUGUAGCAGCAUGGCUUGUUCCUGCCAUACAAACCAUAGCUGUUCUAGCCAUGUCUACAGUGGAUGGCGACCCCGUCAGUGGAAUCUGUUAUGUCGGAAAUCACAACCUUCAGAGCUUGAUCGUGUUUGUUGUUGUGCCCCUGCUCGUGUACCUGGUGUUCGGGACGUCCUUCUUAAUAGCCGGCUUCUAUUCAUUGGUUCGCAUUCGGAAGGUUUUGCGUAUGCAGACUGAUAAACUGAUUAAAACCGAUAAACUUGAAAAGCUAAUGAUUCGCAUUGGAGUAUUCUCUGUUUUAUAUACUGUGCCAGCCACUAUUGUUGUGGCUUGUUACUUUUAUGAAUUUGUAAACAGGGAAACCUGGGAGAGAUCCGUGGUGUGUGCGGAUUGCGAGAAAAAUCAGGUACGGCCGGACCAUUCAGUGUUUAUUAUCAAAUAUUUCAUGGCGCUGGUUGUCGGCAUCACCUCGGGAUUUUGGAUCUGGUCUGGUAAGACAAUAGAAUCAUGGAGAAAUUUUUGCCAUCGGAUUUUCGGCGUCUCACAAGCAAAGAGCGAAGAAAGGAAGAAAACCGUAACGGCCACUGUUUGAAUAAGCUGACUGGGUAUUUGUUUUAAUCAGAAAUAUUUAAUACCUGCCAGCCCACUCGCUUGAACAAGCGCGCGGUAAUAAAGGUCUUUUGAAUGCACAAUAUCAGCUUAUUCGGCUAUGAAGUGCCGAGUAUGCCAAACAUUCACCACAAAACAGACCAAACUGCCAAACGAAACGACACGGAAAGUCUAAUCCUUCCGGAGUUAUCAAAGUGUAUAAAAUGCAGGUAUUGACUCAAGAAAUAAACCACGCUGGAAUAUUA